CGCUCGCGGUUUUCACCCGCGGCGUGUCUCUUUGUUUGCCUCUCCGUACAAAGACGCGCGUGUUCGCCCCGGGCCGCGGCGCGCGUGUCCCCGCCGUCAGGGCGGUGGUGCUGUGGAGGACGUCACCAGUGGAUGUGGAGCAAAACUGCGACGGUGUUUUUUUGACUCCGACCUCCUGAUCAGCUCGUGUAACGGAGGGGAAUCAUGUUUAAAGUCGCGAGUUUCAUGAUGUGACUGCGUUCUAACGGUCUGCUGAGCGGCCACGCGCACAAAGAAGCAGCCCACAGCGUGUCUUGGUCAGCCUGGCCACACCCUUCAGACCCUCUGGACCAGGAGCCUCCUCGAUCUGCAUCUGCAACCAUGAGCGACAAGCCCGACAUCUCUGAGGUGACCAACUUUGACAAGAGCAAGCUGAAGAAGACGGAGACUCAGGAGAAGAACCCCCUGCCGACAAAAGAAACCAUCGAACAGGAGAAGGCGGCGACGUCGUGAAGCCCCCCCCCUCCCACAUGCACUGUACACCCCCUCCUCCUGCAUUGCCUUGUUUUCAAGUCACCUCUUUUAGCUGUUUAACUCUGUAACCGAAAAUAUGAAAUGACAACGAUAACCAAGCGUCAGACUGCGGACAGAUGGGAUCCUGGUCCUGGUGGUCUGCUCCGGUCCCUCGGCGCCGGCCAUCCACUCACCACAUUGUCCUGCCACGGAGAGACGAGGGAAGGAGGGAGGGGCCGCACGUGACUCCCACCUUCAGCACCUAUCCACCAACAUGGCGUGCGGCAGGAGGAGCGAGGGGCGCGGCCGGCGUUCCAGGAAGCUUCUAGUGGUCCCUCCACCGACAGCCGGCUUCCUGCGCAGCUGCCUCUUCGCCUGAUCCCAGGCGGCAAGCUUCUUUUGUUUUUUCUGAUUUCCAUCAAAGAUGCACAACUUUGUUCGUACGCUGGCCAAAAUCUGAAAAAAAUCACUUUUUGAUUUUCUAUCUGUGAGCGCAAGGUUCUUAUCAAUUUGCAGUCCGCGCGGCACGGGGCAGGUUUGUCCCAGAGUCUCCUUCCAAAACACGGUUUUUCUUUCAGUCCAAAGAGUAGUGAAUGAAUCCCAGCUGUCAUGAUUCUCUGCCACAAACCACCAGAAAUGGAAAAUUGUGAAAUGUUGUAAUAAAAAAUUUGUUACUAA